AUGUCGGAUGUUGUCGCCACAGAGCGAGUUGAAUCACCGAAACCUCGGGGAGUGAUAUUGCGUUUACCUCAUCGUCUCACCCACCGCUACGCGAAAUGGCUAGCUUCACAUCCAAUCAUAAAUGGCCUCCUAACGGCGACUUUUCUCAUCGCCUCCGCCAUCGUCUCAAUUUGUUUCUCCGAUUUACCCUCCUUCGAUGAUCCGGCUAAGGAGUUCAUCACAAUUGGGACACCAAUGGCUGCGAAGUUGUAUCAGCUUAAAGCUCUCCAACAAAAUACACUUUCUCUUCCCACCAAGAAAUAUGGUCAGAGCAGAGUAGCAAGAUCAAGUAUGGUGGAAGAUAGGAUCAAAUUCUGCUUCGAGUUACCAGGUUCGUUUAUGCGCUUUCUUCGAAUUCUGCCACGUGACUUCUAUUCCAUUCUUCUUAUAGAUCAGGGCAGUGAUGAGCUCUGGAGUCGUUUUGAGUCGAUGAGUAAAGUGGUAGUACGUCUACAUGCUGGGAAGGGAAGGAUAAAUGACACUUUUCUGACGGUUCCAGGAGCCGUUGAGAGCGUUUGUCGACUUCAAACGCGCUUUGAAGCUCUGCCGGGCUAUAAGCAACUCUGUUCCAAAGCCUCCCUCACUGAUGCAAAUUCUGCUUGCUGUCCCAUUUGGUCUUUGGCUAAUUUCAUUGCUUCCAUCACCAACAAAACUUCCUGCCAUCAGAUUACAGAGAGAGAUGUGAAGAGAGUGAGAGACCUCUACGAGACGUGUAAAAUGUCGUUUCUGUCAGGUGCAUUAAAACGCACUUGUUGGGACGAGACAGCACCAUCGCGAUGGUUGUGUCCGGAGGUGCCUGUGCGGUGCUUCGUCCACCCACACCUCUUGCUGCUUUUGGCGAUUGCUUUGCCACCCCCACAUAAUCACAAUCAUCUCAACGGUAGUAGAGGAUGGAAUGCCACCCUUCUCGUACUACCCCUUUGGAAGCGCGUAGGCCUUAAACUUUGGCAUCUCGCUUCCCUUGACCGGCCACAAACUCUCACCAAUCUCACACGGAAUCUUACUCCUUCUCUCGCCAUUGAGGCCAUAGAGCUGGGGGUAUAUGGAGAAUUGGCUGGUCGGUACGUGGCAUGGGACAGCGUGUGGCUGGCAUUAGGCGCGGCCUGUCUGGCGUUGUUGUUGCUUCUGCUGACGCGUGGGAGCGUAGUGGUGGUGGGUGCCACCUUUCUUGCCCUUGGAUGGUCGCUCAUCCUUGCUUACGGUCUCUAUGCCCGCCUUCUUCGUCUCCCUACUUUCCCUCUUCUCAACAUGAUGGGCAUUGUCCUUCUUCUCGGUCUCGGUGCUGAUGACAUUCUCCUUUUCUACCAAAUUUGGGUCUCCAUGCAUCUGCAAAAUGAUCACAGUGGAAGCCGGGCUACAGAUGAAGGCGAAGGAGAUGAAAAGAUGACGAGGUUGCGUUUGAGAACACGGCAAAUAGCCCUCACCCUGCUCCACGCAGUUCCCUCGGUCUGUCUGACUAGCCUGUCCACACUGGGAGGUCUGUUGGUGAGCCUCAACUCAGCCAUCGUUGCAGUCAAACGCUUCUCUGUUUACGCCAGCCUCACCGUUGUUUGCCAUGUCGUUUAUGUCCUUGCAGUUAUGCCCACUCUGCUCCUCCUCUUCGUCCCACCCCACCGCCGCCGUUGCUACCACAUCUUCCGCCCCUUAUACCCACCUCACUUUCGCCUUGCCAACUUUUUCGUCAUCAAGGCGCGCUUCGCUUUUCCCGUCCUGCUCCUCUCCGUUAUUAUCACUUCGGCUUACCUCCUUUUCCACGCUGGAUGGCUUACCUUUCCCUCCGGCUCCCUCCAGCCUGCAUUCUACCGAUCAGCUCACCCUGCUGAGGUCUAUCGCAUCAGAGGAGGGGAGUUUUCUUGGGCUGAGUACACUCUUCGUAGCCAUCGCGGCCUCAUCUCCCUUUACAUUGUUUGGGGUGUCCAGCCUCACGAUCCGCGUAAUCACUGGACAUGGACGCCCUACGACGAUGAAGGAGUCGUUCCUCAACCUCUCUGGAGCGCGAGUUUUAAUCUUACUGCGCCCGAGUCUCUCUCUUGGUUAUCCACAUUUUGUUCAAAGAUCACUAGAAUGCCGCACUCAUUUGCUCUCCCCUCCAUUCCACCUCGUAUGAGCUUUUUGGAGAAGGACACUCUUCUUUCAUUACAAAACUAUGGUUGCGUAUUUGGUCGGGGUAUGUUUUCCUUUGGAGACUAUAACGAAUCCACACCAGUGUGUUACCAUGACACAGCUGCUUGCCUGAACAAUUUCGCGGAAACCUCAUCAAGCCCCACUGGGAUUAGGUUCUCUCUCGAGACUAUGCGCACAAUUGGUCUCGUGAUUUCCGUCACCGCCAACUUCUCCCUCUCUAACACCACUUUUUCGGCGAUACAAGAAUUCACUCAACAAGUGGAGACUUGGUUUUCCAAUCUCCUUGCAACUGCACCGAAUGGACUUGCGGGCGGGUUUCUUGUGAGUCCGGAACUGACCGCGUUUGAGCCCUAUCAGGACGUGCUCAAGUUUCUGCCUCUUUCGCUAGGUCUUUCUGUCUCACUGGCUGCUCUUCUUAUCCUCAUUUCUACCCUAAAUCUGCCUCUCGCAAUAACAGCUCUUAUGUCGGUGAUAGCUUCUCUCCUGCUGUCCUGUCUUCUUCUCGUGCUCUUGGGAGAUUGGACCCUUGGGAUCGUUGAAGCUUUGAUCCUCAGUCUUUCUGCAGGCCUUGCUGUGGAUCCUUGCAUUCACUUGGCCCUGGCUAUCAUUAGAUCCGGCGGCAGUCAGGGCGUUUCAUGGAAACAGAGAUGUCAGAGAGCAUUGGAGACGGUAGGAUGGGCUGUGGCCGGUGCAGCUUUGAGCACCGCAAUUGCAGGGUUUGCGGUGCUACCUAGCCAACUGAGGUGCUACCAACAGAUGGGACUGUUCCUUCUCAUUCUCAUGACGUCAGCUCUGCUCCUCUGUGGUAUCGCAUUUGUCGGCUCUGUCGCCUGCAUACCAGACAAGUGUAUCGUGACCUGUUGA